GGUGUUGUGCUUGUAAAAGUGUUCUGGUGCUCUCCGUUUCAAAGUACGGCAGUUUAUAUGAUCCACAAUGUCAUAUAACUACGUCGUGACGGCCCACAAGCCGACUGGCGUGUCUGCCUGCGCUACAGGCAACUUCACGUCACCGGAUGAUAUCAACCUUAUCCUCGCCAAAAACACUCGCAUCGAGAUUUAUGUCGUUUCCCCAGAAGGCCUCAGGCCUGUCAAAGAGAUCGGCAUUUAUGGGAGGAUAAGUAUUAUGAAGCUUUUCAGACCGCCGGGGGAGAAGAAAGACCAAAUGUUUUUCUUGACGGCGAAGUACAAUGCGGCAAUACUGGAAUGUGUCCACUACGGGGACAGCAUCGAAAUUAUCACCAGAGCACACGGCAACAUUGCUGACACCUUCUCGAGGCCGUCUGAGACAGGCAACAUUUGUAUUAUAGACCCUGAAUGCCGGGUAAUUGGCCUUCGUCUGUAUGAUGGGCUUUUCAAGGUCAUUCCUUUGGACAAAGACAACAGGGAACUGAAAGCCUUCAACAUCAGGAUGGAAGAACUGACAGUGCAAGACAUGGAAUUCUUGCAUGGCUGCAAGACCCCCACUAUUGUGCUGCUCCAUCAGGACAGCCAGGCGCGACACAUGAAGACCUAUGAGGUGUCGCUCAAGGACAAGGAGUUUGUGCGGGGUCCCUGGAAGCAGGACCAUGUGGAAAGUGAGGCAAACCUUGUUAUUGCCGUGCCGGAGCCCUUCUGUGGCGCACUCAUCAUUGGCCAGGAGUCAAUCACUUACCACAAUGGUGAUCAGUUUUACGUCAUCACGCCCCAUCUCAUUCGACAGAGCACCAUUGUUUGCUAUGGAAAGGUGGAUGCCAAUGGGUCCCGGUAUCUGCUGGGCGACAUGGCGGGUCGACUGUUCAUGCUGCUGCUGGAGCGGGAGGACAAGAUGGACGGCACCACGGCCGUCAAGGAUCUCAAGCUGGAGUUUCUGGGAGAGAUCACCAUUGCAGAGUGCAUCACCUACCUCGACAACGGCGUCGUGUAUGUUGGAUCCCGUCUUGGCGACUCGCAGCUCAUCAAGCUCAACUCUGAGCGCAAUGACCAGGGUUCCUUCGUGGAGAUCAUGGAGGUGUUCACCAACUUGGGUCCCAUCGUUGACAUGUGCGUGGUGGACUUGGAGCGGCAGGGUCAGGGCCAGCUUGUGACCUGCUCGGGGGCCUUUAAGGAGGGCUCGCUGCGCAUCAUCCGCAACGGCAUUGGCAUCCACGAGCAUGCCAGCAUUGACCUGCCUGGCAUCAAGGGCAUGUGGCCUCUGAGGGUGGGGCCUGGUGUAGCGCCACACGGUGGGGACGGUAGGGACACUGGGGACAUCGCCGAGCGUGACAACACACUGGUGCUCUCCUUCGUGCGCCAGACUAGGGUUCUCAUGCUCAGUGGUGAAGAAGUAGAAGAGACGGAGCUGGCUGGCUUUGACACAUCCCAACAAACCUUCUUCUGUGGCAAUGUUCGCAACAAGCAACUUAUUCAGGUCACCGCAGCAGCUGUACGUCUGGUUGACAGUCAGACUAAGCAGUUGCUGAACGAGUGGAAGCCACCAGGCGCACGUAACAUAAGUGUGGUGACAUGCAACCAAAGCCAAGUGGUGUGCGCCGUCCGGAAGGAAGUCUUCUGCUUGGAAAUCGGGGAUGGCGUCCUGAAUCAAAUCAGUAACUCGGAGCUGGAAAAUGAGGUUGCCUGCCUGGACAUAACUCCCCUUACGGAAGGGGCUGAGAAGUCGACGUUAUGUGCUGUGGGCCUCUGGACGGACAUCUCCAUUCGCAUCCUGAGCCUGCCCUCUCUUCAGCAACUUCAGAAAGAGAACAUUGGAGGCGAGAUAAUCCCAAGGUCUAUACUGAUCGCAACGUUUGAAGGCAUUCAUUAUCUCCUCUGCGCCCUUGGAGACGGCUCGCUCUUCUACUUCCAGCUUGAAGCCACAACAGGUGCCCUCACAGAGAGGAAAAAGGUCACCUUAGGCACACAGCCAACAGUGCUGAAGACAUUCAAGUCACUCUCAACGAGCAACGUGUUUGCCUGCUCUGACAGGCCUACAGUAAUCUAUUCGAGCAAUCACAAGCUAGUGUUUUCCAAUGUGAAUCUCAGGGAGGUCAACCACAUGUGCCCUCUGAACUCUGAAGGUUACCCAGACAGCCUCGCCCUCGCCAAUGACAACACCCUGCUCAUUGGUACCAUUGAUGAGAUUCAGAAGCUUCACAUUCGAACUGUGCCUCUUGGGGAGCUGCCGAGGAGGAUUGCCUACCAGGAAGCAACGCAAACGUUUGGGGUUAUCACCAUCCGCAAUGACAUCUUGGGCAGUAACGGCCUGACACCAGUGAGGCCCAGUGCGAGCACACAAGCCCAGAACGUUACCUACAGUUCCCACAUGAGCACAGUCUUCAAGCCAGGAUCAGUGAGUACCGGCAAUGACCAGCUUGGCCAAGAAGUUGAAGUUCACAAUCUUCUUAUCAUUGACCAGCACACGUUCGAAGUGUUACAUGCCCACCAGUUCAUGCAGACAGAGUAUGCGAUGAGCAUCGUGUCAACUCGGCUAGGGAAUGACCCCAACACCUACUACAUUGUUGGAACGGCAAAUGUGCUUCCCGACGAGUCGGACCCCAAGCAGGGUCGCAUAGUAGUCUUCCACUGGGUGGAUGGCAAGCUUGAACACGUAGCGGAGCAGGAGAUCAAAGGGGCACCUUACUCCAUGCUGGAGUUCAACGGCAAGCUUCUGGCUGCUGUCAACAGCACAGUUCGCCUGUUUGAAUGGAACGCGGAGAGAGAACUGCGGAAUGAGUGCAGUCACUUCAACAACAUUUUGGCACUCUACUUGCGUGCCAAGGGUGACUUUGUGCUCGUUGGGGAUCUCAUGCGGUCCAUGUCCUUGCUGGCGUACAAGCCCCUGGAGGGAAACUUCGAGGAGAUUGCGAGAGACUUCCAGACCAACUGGAUGACCUCUGUGGAGAUUCUAGAUGAUGAAACUUUCCUCGGGGCAGAGUCUACGACAAACCUGUUUGUUUGCCAGAAGGACAGUGCGGCCACGACCGAUGAAGAGCGGCAGCACCUGCAGGAAGUGGGGCAGUUUCACCUGGGAGAGUUUGUCAAUGUCUUCAGGCAUGGCUCACUCGUAAUGCAGCAUCCUGGCGAGACAUCCUCACCCACGCAGGGCUCUGUGCUUUUUGGCACCAUCCAUGGUGCUAUUGGUCUUGUGUCUCAGUUGCCUGCAGACUUCUACACCUUCCUUUCUGAGGUUCAAGAAAAGCUUACAAAAGUGAUCAAGAGUGUGGGAAAGAUUGACCAUGCUUUAUAUCCUUUUUUCUCAACGGAGAGGAAGACAGAGCAAGCAACAGGUUUCAUAGAUGGCGACCUCAUCGAGAGCUUUCUCGACCUCAGUAGAGACAAGAUGCAGGAGGUUGUUCAGGGAAUCCAGAUGGACGAUGGCAGUGGCAUGAAGAGGGACACUAGCGUGGAUGACCUUGUGAAAAUCAUUGAAGAGCUGAGUCGUAUUCAUUGAGAGUGGUUGUGUGUGUGCGUGUUGUUUUUCAGGGCUUUCCCACAAACUGCGUCAUUUGCCCUCACUAGUUGCCCUAGUACUUCCGUCAUCACUGUUCAUCGUUCUUAAAAAACACACGUCUGCCACCAUUAGACCAUACCUUGCUUUUCUCUCCCUUGAAGAUGUCAUUUUCGCUUUUUUUUUUUUUUUGAGGUUCAUUUUGUCCAAGCAGCUCAGCGCAAGGGAGCACCGGUUUGCUGUGGGAGCGUCUUGUGUCCACUUUGUUCGCCCAAUAUUGUAUGCGUAGAUUCACGGAUACAAGUUCGUCCGCUGUUAGGGGGCACACAUCGUUAGUGUUUCACUAACGGUAGCAUGUUUAGUAUAACACAAAAGCCCCCAGACUUAUUUUUUAUGAUUAAUAUGUUAUUUUAUAAGUUGCGCAUGUUUAAAAUUAAUCUAAUUAUGUAUUGAUUAGGUGUUUCUUCUAACGGUGGGCUUCUCUAUACCUUGUGGUAUGCACUGGCUACAAAACCAAUUGCCUACAAUCCUUACAUGGUCCUUCGUUUUAGUCAUGGGGUCUGAAAGGCUUCAAAUACAGUAAAGAAAUCAGUGUUCGAAAGAGAGGAGCAAAUGCCAUCAUGCUACAGUCUUGAAAAGGGCGUCAAAGCUGUGAUGAAAUGUGUAGUGGAUGACGACGCGCCACUUUUUUUUUUUACGGGCAUUUGACUGAAGAAACUGGGCGCAGCUUCCGGUAUUGAGGAAGCUCUAUUUGCAUCAUCUUGGUUUGCUUCAUUGUGGGAGUUUCUGCCCCCAAGUACAUUGUCUAACACAGUUUUUAAUUGCCACAAACACAUUUUACACGCUUUAAGUCGGCACUUCACAUGGGGUCACAUGUAACUAUUCUCACCUGGCCUACUUGCUGGUAAACCCUUGAGGAAAAUAGUUUAGUUGAAGAUUGACUUUCCUCUUAGGAAGUUUAUUAUAGCCAGAAUUUUCUUACUUUGGAUUCAAGAGCUGGCUUGUUCAUCCAUUUUUCACUAUGGAUGAACAAGUCUUGUAUAGAACAAUGAAUUGCAGAGUGGAUCCGGCAUCCGACAUCAACCAGUGUGUCACCAAGAUUGAAUUACUGCCGCAUUUUUGUCAUACUUGGCCCAUCGUUUGGCAUCAACCUUGCCUAGAGCAUUUCAUCCACUUUAGGACAUGAUCAUUGUCUGCUGAAGAGCUGUACACCACUCGAGUGCUCCUGCCAAACAGUGCUGUGGUGUGUACAAUGUGAGGAAAUUUGCUCGCUACCUGCUUUAUUUUUUCAGCACUGGUUUCUUCCUGGCAUGAUCAGAGGCAUGGGCGUCGGCAGGGGGGUGCAAAAGCUGCACUCGCCCCCCUCAUCCCUCACCAGUGCAUGCCCUUUCUCAGACGAGAUGCAACACUGGUUUGCACUCCACAAAAGGAAAUUCUGCCGACAACCAUGAUUACAGGAAAAGUUUGUUGCUAUUUGUAGACUGAAAUUUUUUUUUUUAGCAAAGCAUUACACGAUGCACCCAAUAUGUGCAACAAUUUAAGUUCUGGCAAGGUAAUAGCUGCCUUACAGAAAGCUGUGUAGGCACGUUCAUAAGCAAGAUCCCGUCCUCACGUGCCGUGUUCCGUAUUCGAAAAUUGCUCGCAAUUCAGCGUUAAAUAGUGCUUAUUAAAAUUAUCAUUGUUUUGUGGCUAUACAUGUUUAAUUAUCAUUAUUCUGGUUUUCCUAAACUACCUAGAAGCUAACAAAAAAAAUAAAGGCACACUCGUGAGGCUGAGCUCUGAGACGAGUGCUAAUAGCUUGCAUAAGUUACUUCAGAAUUGCUUCCUUAUAUAUAUAAUUGGUUGGCAUCAUUAAGCCAUAUUUGUGAGUGUUUCCCAUGUGCAAUUAUGUGCUUCAUAGAUACACCCAUGAUAGAGGUUUGCCCUUAUUUACAGACUUACUCACUUUCAACAGCAUCGACUAACUUUUUUAAAUUUCAUUAACACCCCUUUCAAUGCCCAUAAAUUGCCAGUCACUUGAGGGCUAAUGUAAGGAUAAUAGUGAAGGAGUUAGGCCAGGCACCUUUAGCAUCAUCCAAAGUGUGUUGUACCAAUCAUAAACCUGUUCGAUACGCCAGCAGAAAUGAUAUUGAAUUGUGUGGAACUGCAAAUCGGCAAGAAGCUUUCUCAUUUUGUGUAACUGUAUCACAAAAGAUGCGCCAUUGUGCAUUGUAUCACCACCAUAGUUUUUCAGUUACAUCACUGCCAAAGGAAUGUAUAAAGUUUUUAUUUUGACAUUGAAAACAAAUGAGUGAACUACAUUUCUGUAGCGGUUGGAACGAGCUGUGGUUACCAUCGAUUUAAUUUUUUUUUAACAUUUUCUGCGAAAUAUUUUUCUGACAUUCUUUUGAGAGGCACUUGUUUAGUUUCUGUUUAAUAUCCUAUACUUCACAGAUUUGCAUUGUGAAGUGUGUAAUUUAUGGCAUCUUAGGCUUCACUUUGGGUUAAUAUCGUGUUGCAGCAUACGUGCAAUCUUGAGUUAAGUUUGAUUGUGCUCGUGCAAGACCUAUUCUCCUGUCAAAGCGGUGAUCCAUGACAAUAAGUUGCGAGAAAUUUGCUUUGUGAUGCAUACACUGCAAUGUGUAAACUGUGAAGGUGCAGAUUGGCGUGGAGCCGCAGUUUUUCCCAAGUUUUACACAAGAACACUUGUACAGAUUUAUUUUCCCGCUGUGCUUUUUAAAUCUUUCUGCUUGUGUUGUGUUCUCUUUCGCAGCUUGCACAGAAUUGUGGACAGUGAAAAGAAUAAAGGUUUAUAUGUUGAAAUAAUUCAAACAA